CUCAAAAAAGUGUUGAUGCUUUCUAUAGUAAAUUACAACCAACCAAACAGAAAUUUUAGACAUUUUAUUUGUGUUAUACAAGUUUAAUAUCACAUAAAUAACGCUUAAUUAACAAGAUUAUUAAUCAAUUUAUACGUCAGCAACUUUAUCGUAAUCAUCAUCGACAGAUGGAAGUGUUUCAUGGUGGAGAAAAACUUACAAUCUGCAUAAUCAGCUGUCAGUGAAAUAGAUCAUCUGUCCCUGUAAAUAUAAAAGCUGAAACAAUCAGAAUAAGUUUUAUAUCAGUGAAUGUAAAUAAUGAGGUAAACAAUCGCGGUACAAUGUGACCCUGAAUGUGCGUUCGACGGCAGCGAUAUCAAAGCAGAUAUGGGAUAAUAACCUAUUACUGGAGCGAGGUGAUUCCUGUCCCGCUAUGGCUGGAAAUCCGUAAGCUCGCGCGCGUGUUUCUUCACCAGGUUAACAGUGAAAAGUGAAAUAUGUCCGGCGACUUUCCAUUCGCAUCGAAGAUAGUAAGCCCUGUGAAGUGUAAUGAAAAACCAUGGGACCAGUGGAUAAGUGAAAUCGGGCAUGUGUUACCGCGGGAGGACGAUGAAGUGUUCACGACGCCGGCGGCGGUGGAGAAGGGCGGCGUGUCCGCCCGACGGGGGCACGACUCGCAUCCGUACAAGACGUCGGAGCGAGGCCGGUACAGGCGCGCGGGCCUCAACCGCCUCAAACAUGAGAGCAUGAGCCUUCAUGGACUGUUUCCACAGAUGGACAAUUUAAAUGCAGCUGUCUGUCAUAUGUGUGGUGAUAUAGUGAAGUGUAGUGCGGCUUACAGACAUUUGCUCGACUCUCAUUCUGGUAUGGACCCCCUACUACCGCCGCCGCCGCCAGCCACCACACUCAGAAACCGAAGCCGGCAUAAAAAGGAAGCUCCACCCUUACCUGUAGAUUUGAUACCAGUGAAGAUGGAGACAUCACCAGUUCAUAAUGCUACUGCCCCACUAUCAAGGAUAGUCGUACCGCAACCUGAAUUGCAAUACCUAGACGAAGCAAGUACAUCCUCAGCGGUGACUGGGGAAGUACAAGUGUGUGUAGAAAGUGGAGAGUUACCUGUAGUCAGUAUACAGGACACGGAUGACUUGCCACUUGGUGAAAAUAUAACUGAUGAUAUUUUUGCUAUUAUGAACUCUGAAGGUAUUCAGAGUGCUGACGACAUCACAAAUGCUGCAGACUGGAAGAACAUUAUAAGAGAUAUAGGUAAUAUGCAAGAGAUAAACUUUCCACAAACCACCGAUCCUAUACAAUCACAAGAUUUGUAUGGCCAAUUACACACACAAAGUCUGUCCUCAUAUACAUUAUCAGAUACAGAUUUAAACAAUAUUCAGUUUGCACCGAAUACCUCUCCAAUGCUACCAUCUGUGAUAGAUGUAAAUGUUCAUAGUACGCAAGCUUUAAAACCGCGGGCGACGACGCCGAGCACACCCUCUACCAAGUCACAAUCUAGAUCAAAAACAAGUAAAACGAAAUUUAAUUUACGAGAAUACGAUCCGAAUAAACACUGUGGUGUGGUCACCGUGGAGAACGCGAAACCUUGCACUAGGUCCCUGACAUGUAAGGCUCACGCUUUGUCCUUAAGAAGGACUGUAGAGGGCCGGUCGAAGCCAUUCGACACGCUUCUGGCAGAGCACCGGGCGUCUCGAGAUGCGGGCGCGACGGCUGCGGCCGCCGCCGCUGCCUCGGCUGCCGCGCCGCACGUCGUUCACCCUCCUGCGCCGCCUUCAAUUCCGGCCUCAGCCAUGCCAGCCGCCACCGUGCCCCACAACCUCCCACCGCCCCUAGUCAAUUCGUUAGAUCUCAGCACAUUCAACGGGCUCACGGCCGAACAACAGGUGCACGUGGAGACCAUCUACGAGAGCCUGCUCGGAGUGGACGACCCCAACUCUGUGCUGCCGGACACGUCGAGUAUUACCUCGCUGCUGAGUCAACCGCUAACGACGGACCCUUUUAUGAUGCCGGACGACGCGGAAAUCCCAACCACCGUGCCCAUAUUAAGUGUAACGCCGCCCGUAGACGCCGCGCCGCCCGCGAGGAUAGACGAGAAGCCAGACGAGGGCCCGCCUCCUCUAGUCCCUUCCGACGUCUGCUGGUAUAGUUCCUGCCCGCGGCCGCUCGCUCUCUGUACUUUCAACGCAUCGCAUGCGGGCGGCGCGAUCACCUUAGGAAAAAAAUUUGCAACCGUUCGGAGUAACAUAAAGUCUUCUCUGUCGCGGUCGCAGUGCAAAUCGACGGGUGCCACGAACAAUUAUUAUUACAAUCAGAACACCCUGUCGUUAUCGAAAAGUGUGCAUAUGAACGCUAGUAAAACGAAUAAGCCAGAAGUGCGUAAACUUAUAGUGACGUGUAGUGCUACCAGUGGCGGCAAUAAGGAGGUGCAACAGACGUUGAGCGAACUUUUCGGGGGCAGUGAGGUGCGACACGCGCUGAACGGCCACGUGAGCCCCAUGGGGGUGGCGGGCGCGGCGGGCCACAAGCCGCGGGCGGGCGGCGGCUCGCUGAAGCACCCGAAGCGGCCGCCGCCCGCCGUGCUCGAUCUCGGGUUCACGCUCGACGUUCUCGCCGACGAGAAGUGCUGAACUCGCAAAAGCAAUCAUUGGUUGUGUAGUCGCAUAUUGUAUAUUUAUUUUUCUGUAAAGAAUCGAAUCGGACUCACGUUGUAAAGGUAAUCACGAAUUUUAUCCCGAUUGGAGUUUAAUGUUAUGAUAAUGUUAAAUCUCAUUUUUUUGUCGAGAAGCGAAUUAAUAUUUGUAUUAUUUUGUAUAUUAUUUAUAAGAUUUUUUUAAAAAAAUACUUCUCCGAUGCGAUAGUCGGUCUGUGUCAAUGAAUUAAAAUAGAUUAAUAUACAGAAUGGUUGUAUUUUUUCGAAAUGACAUAUUACUCAUUGUUGAUACUGAUAAAUGGCCUAGAUUAAUGACGGUUUAAUGUGAUGACAAUUUCCAUGUAAAAAUAUAAAUACUAUGAUAAGUCUAUCCAUAAUAGUAAAUCGCCUUCUUUUGAAAAUAAAGGCAAA